UAAUGAUUUUGCUUCAUGUUUUCAUUGCUUUAAGCAGUGUGACUGUCUUAAAGUUGUGACUUGCAUAUUCAGGGACUGCUAAAAGACAACCCAACUCUUCAAGCCUGUGGCUACCCCAAUGAACCUCAAGGAAAGGAGCUGCCGUUGUCAAGGAAGUGUCUGAGCGAGACAUGGCUUUCCUGUGCAGCGAUGACAUUCCCAGCAGCACGGCAGCGAAGGCGCUGCUGCAGCCCUGAGCAGCUUGGGUUUCCGUCAGAAGCAUGAGGCAAGGGCUGAGCCGUUUCUGUGUGAACGCUUUGCAGCCAAAAUGAAGAGAAGGACAGAACCUGAAUAUGGCAGCCCCCAAAAGAAGCAGAAGGAGAGGACAGAAGACUUGGGAUUAGCCCUCAGUUCUACUUCAGAUGAUGAAACUCAACUUAGUAAUCACACUACUCAGGAGUCUUCCAGUAGCAGCAGUGGGUCUGACAACGAGAAUGAUGAAAAAAGACCAGUCUUCAGCAAUGAGUUCAAACAAGAUUCCCUUGUGGAGGGCACUUCAUCUCGCUACUCAAUGUAUAACAGUGUCUCCCAAAAGCUCAUGGCCAAGAUGGGCUUCCGGGAAGGAGAAGGUCUGGGAAAAUAUGGCCAAGGCAGGAAGGAUAUUGUGGAGGCCUCCAGUCAGAAGGGAAGGAGAGGCUUUGGGCUGACACUCAAAGGAUUUGAUGGGGAGCUCAAUAUUGACUGGCAGGAUGAGCCAGAGCCCAGUGCCUAUGAGGAGGUGGACUGGUGCCUCAAGUGUACCACGGAAAUCCCUGAUGCUCAGGAGCUGAAGGAGUGGAUGACUGUGGGGAAGAGGAAGAUGGUGAUUGAAGAUGAAACAGAGUUCUGUAGUGAAGAGCUUUUACAUAAUGUCCUGCGGUGCAAGAGCGUAUUUGAUGAGCUGGAUGGAGAAGAGAUGCGUCGAGCCCGGACAAGGUCAAACCCUUAUGAGAUGAUCCGUGGAGCUUUCUUCCUAAACAGGGCUGCGAUGAAGAUGGCAAAUAUAGACCAUGUCUUUGACUAUAUGUUUACAAACGCUAACUUGGAUGGGACACCGUUAAAGGAGCGAGAAGCAGAGCUGCUCUACUUUGCUGAUGUGUGUGCUGGUCCUGGAGGCUUCUCCGAGUAUGUCUUGUGGAGGCGAAAGUGGCACGCGAAAGGAUUUGGCAUGACCUUGAAAGGACCAAAUGAUUUUAAACUAGAAGACUUCUAUUCUGCUUCCAGUGAGCUUUUUGAGCCCUACUAUGGAGAGGGAGGGAUUGAUGGAGACGGAGACAUCACUCGCCCAGAGAACAUUACUGCUUUCCGGAAUUUUGUUCUGGACAACACUGAUCAGAAGGGAGUGCAUUUCUUAAUGGCUGAUGGGGGUUUCUCAGUGGAGGGUCAGGAAAAUCUGCAAGAAAUCCUAAGCAAACAGCUCCUGCUUUGCCAGUUUCUUACAGCGCUCUCCAUUGUCCGGACAGGAGGACAUUUUGUCUGCAAAACCUUUGACCUGUUUACUCCAUUCAGUGUGGGACUUGUUUAUCUGCUGUAUUGCUGCUUCGAGCGAGUGUGCAUCUUUAAACCUGUGACAAGCCGCCCUGCUAACUCAGAGAGGUACGUGAUAUGCAAAGGGUUAAAGGUCGGGACUGGUGACGUGCGGGACUAUCUCUUCGCGGUGAACAUCAGACUCAACCAGCUGCGCAGCUCCGACGUGGAUGUCAAUCUUGUUGUCCCCUUGAACGUGAUCAAAGGCGACCAGGAUUUCUGUGACUACAUUGUCCGGUCCAAUGAAAACCACUGCAAAGUUCAGAUAAAGGCACUUGCCAAGAUUCGCGCCUUUGUUCAGGACACGACACUGAUUGAGCCACGGCAGGCUGAAAUCCGAAAGGAGUGCCUCCAGCUAUGGGGGAUUCCUGACCAGGCUCGUGUUGCUCCUUCAUCUUCAGAUCCCAAGUCCAAGUUCUUUGAGUUGAUCCAGGGCACGGACAUUGAUGCCUUCAGUUACAAGCCCACUCCUCUGAACUCCACCACGCUGGAGAAGAUACGCCAAGUGUUAGAUUACCGCUGCAUGGUGUCUGGAAGUGAGCAGAAGUUCCUCUUGGGACUGGGGAAAUCACAGAUCUACACCUGGGACGGUCGCCAGUCGGAUCGCUGGACAAAGCUGGAUUUGAAAACUGAGCUGCCACGAGAUACCCUUCUCUCUGUGGAGAUUGUUCAUGAGUUGAAAGGAGAGGGGAAAGCUCAGCGGAAAAUCAGUGCCAUCCACAUCCUAGAUGCCUUGGUGCUGAAUGGCAACGACGUUCGAAAGCAGCAUUUCAUCCAUAGGAUUCAUCUGGCAGAGAAGUUCGUCAAAGCUGUUUCUAAGCCUAGCCGGCCAGAUAUGAACCCCAUCCGAGUGAAGGAAAUGUACAGAUUGGAGGAAAUGGAGAAGAUUUUUGUCAGGUUAGAGAUGAAAGUCAUUAAGAGUUCCCGAGGCAUACCCCGGCUGUCCUACACUGGCCGAGAUGACCGCCACUUUGUGCCCACAGGACUCUACAUCAUACAGACUCUGAAUGACCCUUGGACGAUGGCAUACAGCAGAAAUACUAAGAAGAAGUUCUUCUUCAACAAAGUGACCAGGCAGACAAUGUACGAGCUCCCUUUCGAAGCCAUCGCGCCCUUUCACGUCUGCCAUUACAGCCGCCUCUUCUGGGAGUGGGGGGAAGGUGUCAAAGUGCACGACUCUCAGAAGAGGCAAGAUCCAGACAAGCUAUCAAAGGAGGAUGUCCUGUCUUUCAUCCAAGCACAUAACCCUAAGCUUGCUCUCUUGAGGAGUGCAGGAGGAACUGAGCCCGGCUUGGACUCAUCGGGAACUGAUGCAACUCCACAGCUUCAAUCCUAGCCUUCUCCAGGGCUGACUUCCUAGAGGUGAUUGAAGCAGGCAGUGACACGCAGAAGGCACAGGACGAGGCUCUACCCUGGCAGUGUAUAUUAGAUUAUGGCCCAGAUAGCAUAUGCUGCCAGCGUGCCCUUGGUGACUCUUCCAGCCCUUCUGUCCUGACCUGCAGGAGAAAGUCCCAGGCCACACGAGAUCCAGUGAGAACUCAAAUAAGAACAUCUCUUCCAAUCAGUCUGAGGCUCUAUGUAUCUUUUAGGCGGUGGGUGCAGCACAGGCAAACAACAGCUGGCAUAAAAAGAAAACUUCUCCCACCCUCUGAAAGAGCUCACCUUGCUCCUCAAGGCCAGGUGCCAGAACAGAUGUCAGGGGGUGUGAGAAGCACAGACCUCCUUCAUCGCCAUCAAAGGCUUUUUAAUUCAUUACUUACAAACUGUCCUUGUUCUCUUGAUCAGUGUUCUCUCACAGUGCUGCCUCUGGGCAGUGAAACUUUGUCUAUUUUAAUCCCCACAUCUCCCCCUUCACAGUAUCAUCAGGGUUGGAAGAGACCUCACAGAUCAUCAAGUCCAACCCUUUUCCACAGAGCUCAAGGCUAGACCAUGGCACCAAGUGCCACGUCCAACCUUGCCUUGAACAGUUCCAGGGACAGCGACUCCACCACCUCCCCGGGCAGCCCAUUCCAGUGUCCAAUGACUCUCUCAGUGAAGAACUUUCUCCUCACCUCAAGCCCUUCUUUAUUAAUAAAACAUAUUUGUUUAA